UAAACCGGUCCUAAUCGUUGGGCCCGGACCAGCCUCAAUUAUAUUGUUUUUUUUAAACUCAAUUUAUAUAAAUUCAACGCUACGUUCAGAUAGAUUUUACUUUCAACUAAACGUCUGAACAACCCGACCAUGGGAAGGCAAAAAGGGUUAUUUGUUUUGGCCGGUUAUUAAGACACGAUGAUAAUCCUAGCGACAAUAUUCUUGGCGACAUGCGUCUUGUGGUUGUACUGGGCGGCUAAAGCCAGGCGCAUGGACAAAAUGACGGCGUCUCUUCCAGCGCUACCAACACUACCGCUUAUUGGAAACGGAUCCCUAUUCCUAGGAGACACGCAACAGAUCUUAAAAAAUCUAUGGACACUCGCAGAUUUGGCGUUCAAACAUAAGAACUCUGCGAAACUAUGGCUCGGCCCUAAAUUAUACGUGGCAAUCGGGGAUCCCGAAGACGCUCAAGUUGUUCUAGAAAACUGUUUAGACAAGGACGUAGUGUAUCGUUUCCUACGACCUUGGCUUGGCCACGGGCUUUUCGUAGCUCCGGUAAGUCUAUGGAAAGCGCAUAGAAAAGUGCUACUUCCAGUUUUCCAUAAUAAGAUAGUGGAAGAAUAUUUGGGCGUGAUUGCUGAGCAGGCUGAUGUGCUCAUCGAGCGGUUGAGUGAACGCGUCGAUGGAAAGCAGUUCGAUGUUCUCAAGUACAUCACUGCUUGCACCUUGGACAUCGUUUUUGAAACGGCAAUGGGUGAGCGUAUGGACGUCCAGCACUCCCCAGACACCCCCUACCUUCGGGCUCGGCACACUGUCAUGGAGAUCCUGAACAUGCGUCUAUUCAAGGUCUGGCUGCAACCAGACUGCAUCUUCAACCUCACUCCGUACGCUAAACAGCAGAGAGACAACAUUGAUCUCACUCACAAAUUCACUGAUGAGGUUGUCCAGAAAAAACGUUUGGAAUACGAAAGGAAGAAAGGUGAUCUGAAAGAGCAAAAUGAUGGCAAACUUCGCGCAGUCCUUGACUUAUUGUUUGGUAGAGAGAUCGAGUUCACGGACGAACAACUGCGGGAGCACAUUGACUCGAUCACCAUCGCUGGUAACGACACCACGGCGCUUGUCAUCGCAUACACGCUUGUCCUACUUGGGAUACACCAGGAUGCACAGGAAAGGGUGUUACUGGAACAAGAAUCAAUAUUUGGCGCGUCAACUCGAGGCUCGACAAAAGAAGAUUUGCAGCAGAUGCAUUAUCUCGAAAGAGUGAUCAAGGAGAGCAUGAGACUAUACACUGUAGUUCCAAUCAUCGCGAGGAAUAUAGACAAGGAUAUUUAUCUACCUACAUGUGGAGUAACAGUGCCAGCGGGGGCUGGUGCCGUAAUAGGAGCUUUCGCAAUCCACCAGUCGGCGGCGUGGGGACCCAAACCUGAAGUCUUUGACCCAGACAGAUUUUUACCUGAAAGGUCUAAAAACAGACAUCCUGCUGCCUUCCUGCCAUUCAGCUAUGGCUCCAGAAACUGCAUCGGACGAAAUUUCGGCAUGCUUAUAAUGAAGAGUAUAAUCUCCACCGUGGUGCGGUCAUACAAGAUAGAAGCGGACGAAAUUGGACCACUAAAAGUAGAGAUGUUGCUCUUCCCAAUCAACGGACAUCAAAUCAAAAUCAAACGGAGAACUUUAAUAAAAUAAAAUAAGAUAUUGUAUCUUAGGUAUUCUAGCGUAAACUGAAUGUAAAACUCAUUGUACAUACUUAGGACUCGUUAACUAACAAUAAAACAAUAUACCAACUAA